AUGCAAAUCAAAUCAGUAAGUGGAACCGUUUUACGCCUGCCUGGGGUCCCGUGCGCCUCAAACACCGCAGCGACGCUGCCUACGGCCUCUCCAAGAAACCUCACAACUGCCGCUAUCUUUAUCAGUAAGACCAGCCUAACCUACACCCUCGGUGAACUUCUCAAACCUUCUCCAGCUGCAGGGAAGUCAACAUUUGUCAGGCUGCUAGAGAAACACAGCGAUGAGUGGGAGAUCAUCCCUGAACCCAUCGCCAAGUGGUGCAACAUCCAGACAGCUGAAGAUGAAUACGAGGAACUUUCAACAUCUCAGAAGAGCGGAGGAAAUCUACUUCAAAUGCUGUAUGAUAAACCCACGAGAUGGGCUUAUACAUUUCAGACUUAUGCUUGCUUGAGCCGAGUAAGAGCGCAAUUAAAACCUGUCUCAGCCAAGCUACAUGAAGCAGAACAUCCAGUGCAAUUUUUUGAGAGAUCUGUGUACAGUGACAGAUAUGUAUUUGCUUCUAACCUGUUCGAGUCUGGAAACAUUAAUGAAACAGAGUGGGCCAUUUAUCAGGACUGGCACACAUGGCUUUUGAAUCAGUUUGAAUCAGAUAUAGAACUAGAUGGCAUGAUCUACCUAAGAACCACACCUCAGAAAUGCAUGGAAAGGCUACAGAUGAGGGGAAGAGAAGAAGAGCAAGGAAUUGAGCUUGAAUAUUUGGAAAACCUCCACUAUAAACACGAAACCUGGCUUCAUGAAAGGACUAUGAGAGUUGAUUUCGAGAACCUUAAGGAGAUUCCCAUUCUAGUUUUGGAUGUUAAUGAAGAUUUUAAGAAUGAUAAGAUUAAACAGGAGUACCUGAUUGAUAAGGUCAAGUCUUUCCUGACUUCUUAAGAACACGAAAAUUAAUUUGAAUUACAAGUCCCUGAACUCAAGAGUUAAACCUAACAAUUGGUGUGCUCUUAGACGAUUUACUUUAACUGAAUAUAUUACCUGUAUAGCUUAAUUUAAGGCAAGACUGAAGCACAAAAUAUGCUUUGUUUUUUUGUUUUUUGCUUGUCUGACCUGUGUGGGUUUUGGUAGAAUUUUCUGUAUAGCUAAAAUGACCAAAUAUGGGGUGCCUUGAUAAUGUACUUUGUGCAUGUUCUUUGCUGUUUAAUAAAGAUUUUAAAA